AUGGCUGCACGGACAUCAGCCGGCUGGCACACUGUGCCAGAUACGCCUGCCUUUGAUGCAGUGGGUGAUGCCAGCCGCGCUCUUCUCUGGUCCUACCAGGAUGCCUUGCAUCGAGAGCAGCAUGGACUUCCCCCCCGGCUGCCGCCGCGCCAGUCGGAAGCUCCGCCUCAGCGAGGCAGCAUGCACGCCAGGUGCAGCUUGGAGAGCCAGCCAGAUCUCCGUGAAGAAGCUUGCGCAUCCCUGCCACGCCCACGUGGAAGCAUUGCUGCGCAGGCUCUGGCUUGCCAGGCGCGCUGCGAAGCACCUCCUCAUAGAUGGAAGCUGGAGCACACCGUGCCGCAUGGAGAUCUUCAGAGCUUCUUGCACAAGCAGGACCAGCUUCUUGAUGAGCUACGAGAAAUGCGCAGCAUGUUGGCACGCCGGGAUGCCGAGUUCGAGGCGUUCCGGCAGGACGUCAAGCACCUGCUUCGCAGCGGGGCGUCGCCGCACUGGCAAACCAUGUCAACAGUGACUGCCGAUUUCCGAUCUCCGCUCGAUACGCCGGUCGCCCGCACGCGGCUUGGGAUGAGUGGUUCAGGAAGGCCGACCACGAUCAGCCCAAUCCAGGAGAUGGCGUCAAAAUCUGACUCGGUGGACCGAAGUGGGAGCUUAGGCAGCCAGAACAGCUUGACGGUUUCGCCCGAGGCGUUUCGAGCCAGCAAAGAUCUCAGUGGCGAUCUGCACCGGGCCAUGUCCCCCGAAGGACAGCAGGAUGGCUCCUUUCUUUGGGCGGAGUCAUGUGGCGACUAUGCCUUUCACGGAAACCGUCGGAAGGCCAAAGCUUCACCUUCAUCGAAACCUUGGCGGCUUGCAUGCGCUUUUGCAUUACUUAUUCCGCUCUGUUCUGUGUUUGUGUGCGGAAGAUGUGCAGCAAGCUUUUUCGUUCUGUGA